UCUAUAAAUGUCUCUCUUCUCUAGUUAAGAUUAGAGAUUUAGAGUACGCGUAAGAGAAAGAAAAACAAAGUGGUGGAAAAAUGGCGACGGAAACAGACUUCAAGUUGUCCACUAUUCUCUUGUUUUUGUUCUUGUUGUUUGCUUAUGCCUCUGCUUCAGAAACAGAUCAAAUGAUUCAAAUCAUCCACCCUCGUCUCUCUACUGCUCGUACUCUACUGCAAGCUCAAAAAGAUUGCACAGUCAAUUUUGAGAACUUGAACUAUACAAUCAUAACCAGCAGAUGCGAAGGCCCCAAUUAUCCCCCCAACUUAUGCUGUGAAGCUUUCAAGGAUUUUGCAUGCCCCUACGCCGAUGAACUCAACGACGAAACCAACAAUUGUGCUCGAACCAUGUUUAGUUACAUUAAACUCCAUGGCCAAUAUCCGCCUGGUCUCUUUGCCAAUGAAUGCUGUAACAGCAACCGCUGUAUUGAGUGCACCGAUUCUCAGUCCUCCCCUCAUCACGACGCUCCCACGCCCUCAGCUGCUGUUCGCCAUAGCCUUCACUGGUUCUUAAUUUCCAUCUUCCUUCUGUUUCUUCUGUGUGGCUUAUUCUCCUUUUGAUUCUUUCUCAAAUUAUUUCCAAACUUCAUUCUUGUAUUCAGAUUCUGUAAAGCUAUGCAAAUCUGUGUAGUCAUCUGUCUGUGUUCAUGUACACAUGUAAGUGGCUUUAUACAUUCUGACAACUUCAUUUAUGUUCCAUAAUUUACUUUUCCAGUUUGCCUUCUU